AUGGCUCGUUACCUCCCGCUCACGAUCCUGGCCUCUGGCCUCCUCCCCUCGGUGCAAGCAUGGGGCUCCAUGGGCCAUGCGACGGUCGCCUACAUUGCCACCAACUUUGUGAACCCCCAGACCAAGACCUACAUGCAACAACUGCUUGGCGAUACCUCAGAGGACUACCUUGCCAGCGUUUCUAGCUGGGCUGAUUCCUACCGCUACACCACCGAGGGCGCUUUCACCUCUACUUUUCACUAUAUUGACGCCCUGGAUGAACCCCCGGCCAGCUGCGGCAUCGACCUCGAACGCGACUGCGGGCCGACGGGCUGCAUCGUUUCGGCUCUGGCAAACUACACCUCGCGCAUGUUGCUGCCCGAGCUGAGCAUCGAGCAGCGCCAGAUUGCAGCCAAGAUGGUCAUCCAUUUCACGGGCGACAUCGGACAGCCCCUCCACUGCGAGAACAUCGAGGCCGGCGGCAACGGCAUCAAAGUCGAGUUCAACGGCACCGACACGAACCUGCACGCGGCGUGGGACACCAACAUCCCUCAGUCCAUCACGGGAGGCAGCUCGCUGGCCGUGGCGAAGGAGUGGGCUUCGACCCUGAGCACGGAGAUCCAGUCUGGCGACUUCAGGGUCGCGUCCAAGUGCUGGGUCCAGGGCUUGAGCUUGGAGGACCCCGAGGACAUGGCGCUGAAGUGGGCUACCGAGAGCAACGCGUUCGUGUGCACUGUCGUCCUGCCCAAGGGUCGCGAGGGCGUCGAAGGUCUGGAUAUCAGCGGUGCUUACACGACGAACGCGCAGCCCACUGUUAGCAUGCAGAUUGCGAAGCAGGGAUUCAGACUGGCAAAGUGGUUGGAUGCUAUUGUCGCCGAGGUUGCUUAA